AUGAGGUUCCUGCAGUGCCCGAAGGAGUGCCCUAUCUAUGCCGAUGACCGUGCAGAUGGUGUUGACUGCAACUUCGAGUGUGUGGAAGCAACUCCGAAGGCGUGCACGGCAGUGAACGCCAAAGAGCCCGUCCCUGAUGCCGAGCGUGGCAUCUGCCGUGCCUGCAUCAUCUACGGCUGCAAGACCUGCACGACAGAAGGUCAGGACACUUGCGCUACCUGCGAGUCGGGUUUCAAGCUCAACGCGGCUGGAAAGUGUGAGAGCACCAACACGUACUACUGGUAUGCGCUCUUUGCAGUGCUUGGCCUUGUGGCCCUGUUCAUUGUCGGCUGGAUUGUCGACAUUGCUCGACGUCCCGUUGUCAAUGCUCAAGGGCUCAAGGGCGCGCUUGAUGCGCGCUCGCGUUCCAAGGUGCGAAUGCCCAAGCAGUUCGGCUCCGAGGAGGGACGGGAUCUUUACCCUCUGGACACCAACCUCCUGAAGACGCCUGUGGCCGGCAUUGGAGUGCAGCUCCACUUCAACUUCCAGUUCUUCCUCAUCGUGUGGGCGCUGGCAAUCGGUUUGGCUUGGCUGAUUCUUGCGCUUUCGGUGGACGAUGCUCUGCUGAUCCUCGGAACUCGAAGGGCUAAGACGGCCCGACAGAACUGCAUUCUCGUUGCCUGGGGCUUCGAAACGCAGCAGCGCUUGAUGUGGACGAAGAUCGACUUCGUGGUGUGUGCCUACAUCCUCACCUUCUUGGGCUGUUUGGCCUUUGGCGUCCGCCAGCUGCGCAUUUUCCAGAAGGUGGACAUGCAAAACUCCACCCACAAAGACUACGCCGCCCGAGUGCGCAACCUCCCGUUGAUGGAUGGCACAGAGCCCGUGGAGGAGGAACUUAAGAAGCGGAUCGAGGAUACUACUGGGCAGAAGGUCGUGGGCGUCUCCGUAUGCUGGGACUUUCAGGAGCAUGAGGAUGAGCUCAUGGAACUCAUUGAGAGCAAACUCGUCGAGAAGGAGGAGAGACUUCACCCGGCUCUCACAAGUGAGGAGGAGCAUCCCGAGCCCGAGAGUUUCUUUGCACGGAUGGAGCACUCGAUGUUGGCUGCUGAUGCAGAGAAGGUUGUGGCCAAAGGCGAGAUGUCCGAGGAGGAGCAAGAGCAUGCCAAGAGGGAUGCUGCUGCCCAUGCUGGAGAUGAGGAGCACGUCGAAGAAUGCAAGGAGGUUGACGUCGUGGACAUCCUGAAGAGUAUCAAGACGUGCCCUGAUGCCUAUGCGAUCUUCGAGACUGAAGCGGCGCGUGACGCCGCAGUCGAGGCUGUCCAGAGUGGAGGCAUCGAGUUCGCAGGAAACACCAUUACCUUGAACGCUUCGCGAGUGGAGCCUCAGACGGUGAACUGGAGGAACUGCGCUAACACUGACCUCGUGGUGAAGGCCAAGCGCAUUGGCUUUGGUUUCCUGAUUAUGCUUGCUGGCCUUUCACUUUGGGUGGUGGCCUUCUACCUGCCUUACGCUUGGUUCACUUUGACAUUUAACUACUCCUAUGGCCAGGAGCCAGGGUUCGUGGCAGGGAUGACCUUCUCCAUGGUCGUUGUGGCAGGAAAUGCCUUGAUGUACUUGGUGUGCAGCGAAGUUGCAGACCGCACCCGGUUCAUCUACGUGGAUGACAGGGAGGUGUGCUACAUGUUGCUCUACUGCUUCGCAUGUGUCUUCAACGUCGCCCUCGACCUGAUCACCACUUACAUGGUGGCUUACCGCAUUAAUGUUGGCUUGAGGAUGAAGACCUACGACGGCACCUUGCUGGAGAACCUUCAGGCCUUCUCCGAUCGCUUCGAGUCCUAUGCCAUGCAGCGGCUCCUGGCAAACAAUCUCUAUGCCUAUGCCUUUCCGGCGACGUUCCUCAUCCCUUUCUUGAUCGAGCCAGUCGCGACCAUCUAUGCUCCUUACAAAAUGAUGCUGGCCAUUGUGCGAACGCAGCCUUCCAUGAAAGGCUUCAUGGCUGAGCGUUUGUUGGGAAGCUUGGUCUUCGACCUCUCCCGCUAUGCCGAUCUGAUGCUGGAUGUGAUGAUUGCCGUGUUGAUCUUCUUCUUCCCCGGUGGUUUCAACAUUCAGAUGUUCGUUGGCCUUGCAGGUUCGCACUUGUACAUCUACUUCUUCGAUCACUACCGCGUUCUGCGAUCCAUCCAAAGCUGCAACUACGCAGACAAGAUGGUUGACUGGUGGUCUCAGUGGAUGAUGUGCAUUCCCUGCGGCUUCAUGCUUGCCUGUGUUGUAUUCAAGGCCAAUUGCCAGGAAGGAUACCCUUGCGUGGAUGGUGACACCAUGAUCGCUGGUUGCGUGCUCGCUUUCUUUGGCCACAUCCUGCUGCAUACACUGGCCAUCAAGUUCGUCGUGCCAAUGUUCGGCCUUUAUGGAGAGUCUGACGGUGCAGAGACUAACACUUACAAAGACUGCUCCAAGCGAAUCCCCUGCUCUUGGUUCACUGCGAACCCUGUCUUCUGCUUGCGCUCGCAGUACAUCUACAAGCACAGCCCUCCCUGCACCUUCUGCCUCCCCGGCAAGGAGCACCUUCUGGAAGUGAACGAGGACAUCGGCCUCUACUUCGAUGAUGCCCCGGCUAAGGAAGAGGAUUACGAUGCCCCUCAUGUGGAUGUUGAGGCUGUGAAGGCCAACCUCCACGAUCUCCGCGGCAAGGCUUCGGAGAGCUUCGAACAACUUCGGGGAAAGGCAAGCGGGCAAUUGGAAGAGCUUCGUGGCAAGGCAUCAGGACACUUCGAGGAGCUGAACAAGCAGAUGUCUGGCCGCUUUGAGGAUUUGCAGGGCAAGAUGACUGGGAUGUCUGCUGGCAUGUCCAGCACUUUCGAGGAUAUGCAGGGGAAGAUGACUGGGAUGUCUGCUGGAAUGUCGAGCACCUUUGGGAAUUUGCAGGGCAAGAUGACCGGCUCCUGGUUCGCGAGCAAGGAGGAGGAGAAGGAGGAGGAGACAGAAGCUGCUGGCUCCGGCGAGACCAGCGGGGCAGACAGCUGCAACUUCCGCAGCAGCUGGUGCGCAGAUCUUGCAUGGCUCAGGAACAGGCUGGAGCACAAGGAAAGUCGGCUUCAGGAUUCUGCGAACUGCGAGAGGGUUCAACGCUGCAAGAAGGUCAUUGCCUGUGAGAUCGACCCGCGCAUGGCAGCAGAGGUCCGUAAAAGGAUCGCCUCAACCGGGCGCACCAACCUUGAGGUCAAAGAAAAUGAUGUCCUGAGGGAAAAGUGGCCGAUCUUCGAUGUCUGUGUUGCGAAUCUGCCCUACCAGAUCUCCUCUCCCUUCACUUUCAAGCUGCUGGCUCAUCGGCCAGCUUUUCGCUGUGCAGUGCUUAUGUUCCAAAAGGAGUUCGCUGAGCGAUUGAUAGCCAAAGUCGGUGAGUCCCAGUAUGGACGCCUCGCUGUCAACACGAGCUUGUUUGUGAAGGUCAGCUGUGUCUGCAAGGUCGGGCGAAUGAACUUUACACCACCGCCGGAAGUCGACUCGAUGGUAGUCAAGAUCGUGCCGAGAUUUCCCCCGAUCGAGGUUGACUUCCGAGAGUGGGAUGGCCUCAUGCGGAUAUGCUUUGGACGGAAGCGAAAAACCCUGCGGUCGUCUUUCUGCAUGUCCUACACUCUGAAGACUUUGGAGGACAACUACACCACAUGGUGCGCCUUAGCGGGCUGCAAGCCAGACAGGAGAAGCAUGAAGGACAAGGUGGUGGAGGUCUUAUCGGCUUUGAAGCUCGCUGACAAGCGGGCUAUCAAGAUCGACUUGGACACCUACUUCAAGCUGCUCUUGGAGUUUAACAAGCGUGGAAUUCACUUCACCAACAUCAAUGUCGGGGCGAAGAUUGGUGAAUCCGAUGCACCACAGCUGCCAGACGAUCUCUUCAUGGAAGAGAAUGAAGACGAGGACGAGGAGAUGGAAGACUGA